AAAGAUGCAUACGGUACACAACAGCCUAUAGCACUACUUCGAAUGGUAAUCGGUAGGAAUGGAAUGUAUCAGACAGGCGGUGAUUUAUCAUGGAGACAAUUAAAAGAUAUGACCUAUGUAACAGCUAUUGGUCCACCAGGCGGAGGAAGAGAAACAACUGACCCGCGUUUUGUAUCUUUAUUUACAGUUUAUCAUGCAUUAGCUCCAUCAUCGUCUAGUUUGACUAGUAUAUUUGGAAAAGUGUUGAAAGGUCAUUUACAGAAUGGAUUUUCUACGGAGUUAAUAAAUCACUGUGAAAUUUUUACUCGAAUGAGUUUAGAUGUUUACCA